CUUCAACCACAGAGCACAUGAAGACUGUAUGUGAGGAAAUGAGUUUCUGGUUCUCUACAGUGUGGGUAGUGUUUUAUGGCAUUUUGAUACAACCCUCGGCAUCCAAGGAAAAUGUUCAACAACGAUCUUUCGAGGAGAUCCUAGAAAAACUGGGGCGUGUGUGUUUAAACAAUACAAUAGGACAUCACAAAGCUGCGUCUACAGGGAUAUGUGGUGCGCUCCUUCUUACAGAACAGAAAUCUAAUAUAUUUACAUUUGAUAAGGCGGAACUUAUUUGUCUAACUUACAGAGAGAAAGAUUUUAACAGAUGUCUCUUUCAAGCUUGUCCCAGCUGUAGGUCAUACAAGUUUGGUGAAUAUGACAGGAACCUCACAGUCAAUGAUGAUACGGGAUUUUGUUCCACGGCUUCCAAUGGCCUUCAUCCUGAUCCAUACGACUGUUCCCAGUACUAUAACUGCUGGGAGGGAGUUGGUGAUCCAAUUAAAUGCCCGGAUGGACAGCUGUACACCACUGUAUAUAAUGGAUGUGACUAUGCCGAGAAAGUGGAAUGUAAUACUGCGGGAACAAGUUUAAGUACCGCACCACCUACACUGGGUACGGGAUUUUGUUCCACGGCUUCUAAUGGUCUUCACCCUCAUCCUUCCGACUGUUCCCAGUACUAUAACUGCUGGGAGGGUGUUGGUGAUCCAAUUAAAUGCCCGGAUGGACAGCUCUAUACCACCGUGUAUAACGGAUGUGAUUAUGCCGACAGAGUGGAAUGUAAUACAGGAACAAGUAGCGCGCCAUCUACGUCGGGUACGGGAUUUUGUUCCACGGCUUCUAAUGGUCUUCACCCUCAUCCUUCCGACUGUUCCCAGUACUAUAACUGCUGGGAGGGUGUUGGUGAUCCAAUUAAAUGCCCGGAUGGACAGCUCUAUACCACCGUGUAUAACGGAUGUGAUUAUGCAGAAAGAGUUCAAUGUUAAGAGCACCGAGUGGCAAUAAAUGAAAUAUAGAGCAUACGUACAUGUAAUUUUCAUCCGUUACAGUCAAAACAUUUGCCGUCACAAUGCAAUACAUAGGCAGGUGCUCAUGUGGUAGUGGUAGAUAACUGUACAUAUGGCCUUCCUCCUAGCUCUGGCUAGUGGGUUAACCCUUUAGCUUGAUCGGUAUAGCAUUGGACUGUUGCGCCAAAGGUACCAUGUUCGAAUCUCAGCAGAGGCAUAAACUGAAACUUAAGUCAAACCAACUCAGCUCACCAUUUACUUUUGAAGGAAAACAACAUGCACAGUGCUGAAGAUGUGGAUUUUGGUAAGAAACUUUGCAAAAAUUAACGAUUAUCAUGAUUUUGUGCUGACUUCUUCAGAAGAAUAUUGAGUUUCCAUUCAAAGCAAAUGUUUCUGGUCGAAAAAACUUGGACUUUAUGCAGUAGGAAUGAAGAUUUUUCGUCAUACACACCAAAUACACUGUACUAUACCCGGCACCGACCCUACUUGUAUAUUGUCGAAGUGUUUGAGCAUUUCGAAAGAAUUCUAGACUCCCCAAUUACUUAUGCUAGCUUGUCAAUAACUAUAAUUGUCUUCCGUGCGAUACUUUAGGCUAUCUAGAUUUAUUUUAAUUAAACACAAUUAAUCAGUCUUUAAAUACUUAUCGACCUACUUUCUUCACUUGGAAUUCACAGACCCGAGCUACACCCAUGUGACAUUGUACACGGUGAAAAUGUUCCCGCCCGUGCGACCAUAGAUCUUUUCAAUCCGCGCAAAGGUAGCAUUUGCCUCAUAUUGCACUGUGACGUCAAAUCAUGAAUGUUGUAUAUUUCAUUACUUGGCACCUAAAUGUUCGCCGGUCACUGUGUCAACCAGUACCGAAGCUUCAACUAGUGUAAUAUUCAACACCCCAUGCACACAACUACCUGCUAGUGGGUGCUACCACGACAACACAGGAACAAGCACCGACAACGUAGAAUGAUGCAUGCCUAGUUGUGUAAAGAAUCAACUUUCGAUAGUUUAAGCUGUUUUUGUCAAACGUACCUGCACCCAUUUCCACAAACGUUAAGUAAAAUAAACUAACUUUUACAUUUCAGUCAACAAUAUAGACGUGAAAGAUAACGGCAAGUUCACUGUCUCUAAUAUUGAACUGCGUAGAUCUAACAGUUUUAUACAGUAAUAACUGCUUGGAUAACAUUAAUAAUGUACCUGUGUAAAGAUUCAGAUAGAAUUUCUAUAUAAUCGUUCAUAUUUUGUUAUUGAAAUUUUGAAUUUUCUCUGCAUAUGUUUAUUAAGUGUUAGUUUGCAAAAUAUGUUGCUGAAAUCAGAAUGUUUACUCGCAAGCUCGUGCAUUUUUACAACCAACUCGUGCCAAUAUUAACCAAUAUAUAUGUAAGUUUAAUAACCCUUUUAUUGUAUAGCUAAAGUAUUUAGUUGUUAAAUUAUAUCCCUUUUCACUCAAAAUAGACGAGAAUUCAUCAAUAUUGGCAUCUAAGGUGAAAGUGUGCAAUAUCAGCAUUUAUUAUAUAGCUAAUAAAUAGUCUAUUAUA